CGCUGCCCUCACUCAGUCUCUGUGGAUCACCAUAUUCACGCACACGCUUCUCUCCUUCGCACCAUUCAUACAUUCAUUCCACUCUUUCUCUAUAAAAAUAUUUUCCCUCAAAUUUCGCCACCACUCUCUCCCCGCUCCAUGGACCUCCGCCGUCGAUCCUCUUCCGCCGCCGCCAAGGCCUCCGACGCUCUCCCCCUCCCCCUCCACCUCACCAACGCCUUCUUCUUCACCCUCUUCUUCUCCGUCGCCUACUACCUCCUCAACCGCUGGCGCGACAAGAUCCGCGCCUCCUCCCCCCUCCACCUCCUCUCCCUCUCCGACAUCGCCGCCGUCUUCGCCCUCCUCGCCUCCGUCAUCUACCUCCUUGGCUUCUUCGGCAUUCACUUUGUCCAGUCCUUCGUUACCCGUCCUGCCGACGACGACGUAGAACCAUCGGAAUGCACCUCCCUCGACAAAGUCGACGGCCAAGAAAACGUCAUGAUGGCCGACUCAGUAACCAAGGGAGCUUCACAACCUUCUCCACUUCACUGUACGGAACCAGUGAAACUUGUUGCGUGCGGAGUCGACAAUGGCAUCAUGGAACCGGUUCUUAAAGAAGUUGUUUCCUCCGUUGACAGAGUCUAUCAUGAUGAAGACGACGUCGUAAUCGACUCUGUCGUAAACGGGAAUGUUCCGUCGUACUCUCUUGAAUCGCGUCUCGGCGAUUGUCGCAGGGCUGCGGCGAUCCGGCGAGAGGCGCUUCAAAGGACCACGGGACGGUCGCUAGGAGGACUGCCUCUGGAGGGGUUUGAUUACAAUGCAAUUCUCGGGCAGUGUUGUGAGAUGCCGGUGGGGUAUGUACAGGUUCCGGUGGGGGUGGCGGGGCCGCUGCUGCUGGACGGGGCGGAGUACACGGUGCCGAUGGCGACAACGGAGGGGUGUCUGGUGGCGAGCACGAACAGAGGGUGCAAGGCGAUCUACGCGUCCGGUGGCGCUACUAGUGUGGUGUUGAGGGAUGGGAUGAGUAGGGCGCCAGUUGUGAGAUUCGCGACGGCAAAUAGGGCUUCGGAGUUGAAGUUCUUUCUGGAAGAUCCUCUCAAUUUUGAUACCUUGGCCGUCAUUUUCAACAAAUCAAGUAGAUUUGGCAGACUUCAAACCAUUAAGUGCUCUAUUGCGGGGAGGAAUGUUUAUCUUAGAUUUACCUGUAGUACGGGUGAUGCCAUGGGAAUGAACAUGGUUUCCAAAGGGGUUCAGAAUGUUCUUGAUUUCCUUCACAGUGAUUUUCCUGAUAUGGAUGUUAUCGGCAUCUCUGGAAAUUACUGUUCGGACAAGAAACCUGCUGCAGUAAAUUGGAUUGAGGGACGUGGGAAGUCAGUAGUAUGUGAAGCAACUAUCAAAGAACAUAUAGUGAAAAAGGUGUUGAAGACGAGUGUGGCAGCUUUGGUUGAGCUUAACAUGCUCAAAAACCUUGCUGGCUCUGCUGUUGCUGGUGCACUUGGUGGAUACAAUGCUCAUGCCAGCAACAUUGUUUCUGCCAUUUUUAUAGCCACUGGUCAAGAUCCGGCCCAGAAUGUUGAGAGUUCCCAUUGCAUAACUAUGAUGGAAGCUGUGAACGACGGGAGAGAUCUUCACGUCUCCGUGACCAUGCCUUCCAUAGAGGUGGGCACAGUGGGGGGUGGAACUCAACUACCAUCUCAAUCUGCAUGCUUGAAUCUUCUUGGUCUGAAGGGUGCAAGCAAGGAUUCACCAGGAUCAAACUCAAGGGUUUUGGCGACCAUUGUUGCUGGAUCUGUUCUAGCAGGGGAGCUGUCACUGAUGUCUGCUAUAGCUGCAGGGCAGUUAGUGAAGAGCCACAUGAAAUACAACAGAUCAAGCAGAGAUAUGUCUAGAGUGUCAUCUUGAGAAGGAAGGAGGAGCAUGUGGCUCCAGCCUUUACUCGUGAUUUCAAAAGUGAAAGUGGGGCUCUGUUGAUGGGUCAGGAUUUUUGAGAGUGAAAUGGAAGACAUCACUUUGCUGACACCCAUGUGAAGUUUCUUGGCUUGUAUUGAUGUCUGUAAAUGUAUCAUAAGUUGUUUUGGUGAGCCCCUCGCGACUAUUCAUUCACCGUACAAGUUUGGUAGCCUAGUUGGUGAGUUAUAGAAUGAAAUCUUAAUCUUCUCCAAGACUUUAGAUUUUUCUUUUGUUGUUCUGUACUAAGAUUCUAAACAAAUGUUCAGUAUUGUAUCAUUUUCUCUUACUCUUCUGUUUCUAA